GUCGAUGCAGUGAAGCCUGGCGAUUCCUAUGUGACCAAGGACCUGCCAGGUCCAUAUGCUGCUGCAAGCGAUGUGCCAGCCUAUCAUUCCAGUUUGCCACCGCUGCCACCGCGAGUCAUCAACACCGAGCAAUGGGGCCGCGCUCAGAUUUGCUUUGGGAAAUUCAGGUCCCGCCAGUGGUCCUACAUGGACUUGUUGUCCUUGUCGGAUGGCGAGGCCCAGAGCUAUGUGAAGUGGUGCCGUGCUCGUUACAGCGCAGCAGGUGGAGAGCUGAAAGACCUCGCUUCAUUUCUCUAUCGUUUUGAGAUGGAGCGUUCGCACAGCUCAUUGAAGACUGGAGAAUUC